AUGACCAAGACUGGCUAUUUGAUUGGCAUGUGUCCGUUGUUUCUUGGGAUGGAAGUUCGUAUUACGUGCAUCUUGCCGGAGCCCUUGUUGACGCGUGAGCUACCUUGCAUCGUGCGGCGCAUAGAAUUGCAUCCCAAAGAACCUCCAACCCCACCUGGAGCAGCUUGCGUGGUUCUGCAGUACCAACCGCUUGGAGUCUUGAUGGAGGUCGCAGACAAAGAUUACGGUCAGUUUCGGGUCCCUGGCGACGACGUGCCCAAGGGUCAUUUCUAUGUCAGGCCUGUGUUCAACAAGCAAUCGGCCUGGGUCUUUGAAGUUGUGCCCAAGCAGAAACUUCGACGUGUUCGGAAACAGGUGCCCUUGGCUCCACAGCGAGCGCUGACUCAUUUUGGCAUCGCUGCGAGAUCUGGCCUGGUCGCUUUUCUGAACCAACCUCCCUGGAUGAUGAAGGACGGAGAUUACGGUUUGGCCCUCUAUGUCAUGUUGUCACGAGCAACGACGUUGAGCGAUCUAUGGCUCAUUGGAGUACCUGAGCGCCCAUAUUUCGAAGGCUUCUUGCAUGAGCGCAACAAGACUUUGGUGGAUCGUAUGAGGCUCUUUGAACGUCUGUCUGUGGAGAGUGAGCCAGCAGCGGAAAAAUACAUCCAGAAGCUGGAUUGGAGGCAAAAUGCUUACGUGAACCGCACGCUCGGUGUUUCUGGGGUAGGGCAAGCAAAGCGGCGGAGGCUGACAGGCAAGACUGCGGUGGCCUGA